AUGCUCCAGGACGUCGGAGGCACCGUGCCCCCCAACACCGACCAUGCCGUCAGUGUAUCGCUGCCCACAUGGAAGGCCACUGUCGCAUACGAAGAAGGAGAGCCAUGGGUUGUAAAUAAGAUGCAAUGCGGUUAUCCCCGAUUCUUUGUGCACCCAAUUAUCCAGGAACUUGCAUCUGAAGUUGUCCGGCUUCAUGGAAACCCCGAAUUGGAGUCCGCCACUAUGUUUCCUUCGCCAAAAACGGCACGGGUAUGCCAUUCGUUUAUACUGUCGAGGAUUCCUGCCGAAGAAGUGCAUAAAGUCCGCGUUGUUGACUUCGUUCCCGCACCUCACGCCGAAGCCGAGGCACCUACCGUGACGUCGCUCUUGUCUGCCGUCAUAUAUCCAAAGGACUAUGCGUCAAUCGCCAAACAGGUGUGGCAGCACACAGGGAAUGGUGUGUCCAGCAGACGGGGUGAGUUCUGUCUCAGUGCCCUAAGAGACGGCUUUCUGGUGGAAAAGAAACCCGUGUCAGACACUCCGGUGAUCCGCAAAGGCCCGCGAAGGUACCAAGGAAAAGGUUCGAUGAAUGGGCUGGCCCAGGGUGGUGCCCAUACAACAACAGCGGAUCACUCACACAGCAACGGCGGAUUACGCGAUGGAGUAGAAUAUGGACAGUUCAUCGAAGAACGAUUCGGUCGAAACCUGAGUACUUCGCUUGCGGAUCAAGCGAAAUUGGCAGUCCGCAGACGCAUUGCGGGUGUCCUCACGGCUGAUGUAGAACUGAGUGAAGCGCUUGAGAAGCAAACUGGGGAAGGUAGAAUUGCAGGGAUUUCCGAGUCGGACGUUUUCAUAUUUCCCACUGGAAUGAGCUCGAUCUUUAACGCCCACCAAAUGUUGUUGGCGGCUCGGGGCCCCAUGAAAAGCAUCUGUUUUGGGUUCCCGUAUACUGACACCCUAAAGACUCUAGAGAAAUGGGGUCCUGGCUGUCUGUUCUACGGCCUUGGUUCAGCCGAAGAUCUAGACGAUCUGGAGACCCGAUUGAGCAAUGGCGAAAGAUAUCUGGGUCUGUUCACCGAAUUUCCGGGCAACCCAUUACUCAAAACUCCCGACCUGAAACGGAUCCGAGUUCUUGCGGACAAGUACGAUUUUGCCGUCGUCGUGGAUGAGACCGUGGGAAAUUUCCUCAACAUUAACGUCCUACCAUAUGCCGAUAUUGUAGUCAGCAGUCUGACGAAAAUCUUCAGCGGAGAUAGUAACGUCAUGGGUGGAAGCGCCGUUCUCAACCCCCAUGGCCGCUACUAUGAAUCCCUGAAGGGUGCCUUCGCCCAUGAUUAUGAAGACAUUCUCUGGGCAGAAGAUGCUGUAUUUCUGGAAAGAAACAGCCGCGAUUUCGUGUCGAGAAUCGCGAAGAUCAACAGUACUACAGAAGCAAUUACGGCCAUGUUGAAGGAGUCGCCCCUGGUCAAAAAUGUGUACUAUCCAAAGUACAACCCAUCAAAGGAGCUAUACGAAGCCUUCCGUACUCCCGAUGGAGGUUACGGUGGAUUAUUUUCUGUUACGUUCGAUUCGACUGCACAAGCCGUUGCGUUCUUUGAUCGUCUGGAGGUGCUAAAGGGACCCAGUCUCGGUACAAACUUUACUUUGAGUUGCCCGUACACUCUGUUGGCACAUUACAAUGAGCUGGACUGGGCGGGAUCAUUUGGUGUGGAAUUUGACUUGGUACGGGUAAGUGUUGGCUUGGAGGAUAUCUCCGACCUUCGGUCUCGAUUCGAAGAAGCGCUGCAGGCCGUGGCGGAGGUCAAGCAAAGAGAUACUAUAUAA